AUGCUAGGCCUUCAGAUAUUUCUACUAUUGAGUUGCAUGUGUGGCUUUGCGGUCUCCAAAACCCAUAAUUUCGAUUGGGAGAUUGGCUAUGUUACAGCUAACCCUGACGGGAUGCACGAACGAAGAAUGAUUGGUAUAAAUAACCAGUGGCCAAAUCCUACAAUCAGAGUGAAGCAGCACGAUAGAAUAAUACUCAAUCUUCACAACGGAUUACCCGACAGGAACGCUUCAUUGCAUUUCCACGGAUUAUUGCAAAGAGGUUUUAAUGGAGAGGAUGGGCCGGAGAUGGUUACGCAGUGUCCGGUUGGACCUGGUUCAACCAUCACGUACGACUUCAAUGUUGGUGGGCAAACUGGAACAUACUGGUACCAUUCGCAUAGUGGAUCGCAAUAUGGUGAUGGAUUGAGAGGGAUGAUUAUCAUUGAAUAUGCAGACAAGAAGGAUGAGCCUUACUCUUAUGAUGAGGACGUGUCAUUGAGUGUUAAUGACCACUACCAUUUGGAGUCACCUGCCAUUGUCAAGCAAUUCUUAUCUCGAUUCAAUCCGACUGGUGCCGAGCCAAUUCCACAGAAUAGCUUGUUCAAUGAAACUAAAAAUGUUACUUGGAAUGUCAAGCCGGAUACUACGUACUUGUUGAGGAUUGUCAAUAUGGGAUUGUUUGUAUCGCAAUAUUUGCAGAUUGAGAAUCACAAAUUUGUCAUUGUCGAGAUUGAUGGUGUAGCUGUUCAGCCAUACGAGGUGGAUUCAAUUUACAUAACUGUGGGUCAAAGAUAUGCGGCGUUAGUCAAGACAAAACUGCAAAGCGGAACAAACUACCGAUUUAUCAAUGCGUUGGAUGUUGAAAUGUUGGAUGUUGUGCCGGAAGAUCUCCAAUUGGUCUCAACUAAUUAUUUGGUUUAUGACGAAGGUGCAUCAAAACCAGAGCACUAUCCAUACUAUGAUUUUGAAAAGUUUACAGAGUCGCUUCAUGGGUUCAACGAUUUCGACUUGACGCCAUUGAGUGGGGAAAAGCUAUUACCGGAGCCUGAUAUCACCAUAGAAGUCAACUUUUCAAUGGAGGUUUUAGGGGAUGGUGUCACAUAUGCAUUAUUCAACGACAAGAGCUACGUUCCUCCAAAAGUCCCCAUCUUGUAUACAGUCUUGUCCAGUGGUGAAUUAACUACGAAUCCAGAGAUAUACGGCUCCAACACCAAUACGUUUGUGUUGCAAGGUAAUGAAACGGUCGAGUUAAUCUUAAACAACCAUGAUCCUGGAAAGCACGCCUUCCACUUGCACGGACACAAUUUCCAAGUCAUUUCUCGCAGUCCUGGUACUGAUGAUGAGGACCACCCAGUUGAAUUUGAUCCUAGCAAUGAUACCAUGACUGACUACCCUGAAUAUCCCAUGAUUCGUGAUACUGUUGAAGUCAACUCCAACGGGUAUUUUGUCUUGCGCUUCAAAGCCAAUAAUCCGGGUGUUUGGUUCUUCCACUGUCAUGUUGAUUGGCAUUUAGAGCAAGGCUUGGCCUUGGUGUUGGUUGAAGCACCAGAAGAGAUUCAAGCACAUCAACAACACAUUAGUGCCAAUCAUGUUGAAGUAUGCAAGAAUGUGAGUGUGCCUAUUCAAGGUAAUGCUGCUGCAAAUAUGGAUUUCUUGGAUUUGAUGGGACAGAAUUUGCAGCAACCGCCUCUACCUGAAGGAUUCACUGCCAAGGGGUAUAUUGCGAUGGCAUUGUGUACUUUGGUUGCAGUUUAUGGAAUUUGGUCAAUCUACAAGUAUGGAAUUGAAGAUGUGAGUAAGGAUAAUUCUGUGGAGGUUAUUGAACGAUUGAGUAGAAUCCUUGAUGAGCAUGAUGGUGAGAGAUGA